AGAUUUGAGAUCCAUAAAAAGGCCAAAGAUGGCGUCUCUGGAACGUCGCGCGAGAGAAAUCAGACGCCGAACUUCGCUUCAAAACAAACGUCGCUCCCGUUACAUUAGCUUCGUUGCUUGCUUGGUGAAAAACGCUAAAAUGGCGUCGGGUUAAGGAUUAAUGUUUUUUUCCCCUUGGAUAAAGUAACUCUUCUGAAUGUUCUGGAGCUCUUGUAUGUGAAUAUAGAUAUCUACAGUUGCAUGUUAAAGCGUCUGGUUAAUAAUGAACUCGGAUCAUCUGCAUGGAGUGACACGGACUGCUAGCGAAUAUGCUAACCGGCUAACUAGCUAAAGAGCUAGCCUGAAGGGGAUUAGCCUGCGUGUGGAUGGAAAGCGCUGGGAGUGGAUCAGGUUAAAACGCCGGGACGGAUUAGUUGUGUUCGCCAUGUAUUUUCUGACGGGCUGGCCGCGGAGGCUGCUGUGCCCGCUGCAGAGCGCCGAGGAGCCCUUCCACAUCCAGCCCAGCUCGCAGCGCUUUUACUUCGCCGUGCUGUCGGACACGCAGCUCAGCGUCUGGUUCAGCAGGCCCAGCGUUCUGAUCGUGAGUUAUAUCGAAUCGGAGAAGGCAGCUGCUCAGUUUGGUUUCUACCAGCAGGCCGAAUGGAAGCCAGACGACUCCAUGAUAGCGGUGGCGGCUGCUAAUGGAUACGUGCUGCUGUUCGACAUUGUCGGAGGUGGAGAUGAAAAAUAUCUGUACGAGCCCAUCUAUCCAAAGGGUAGUGUGCGUGUGAAGGUUACUCCAGGGUAUAAAGAGGAACAAUGUGCUCCUGCUCUCAGUGUGGAAAUGAAGAAGCCAGUUGACCUGGAGGCUCCUAUUACCAGUCUUCAGUCUCUGCAGGAGGAUUUGUUAGUGUGUACGGCUGAUGGCUAUCUGCACAUGCUGCACUGGGAUGGAGUGUGUAACGGCCGGAGAGCUGUUAACCUCAGCACCAUUCCUUUCUCUCUGGACCUGCAGUCAUCACGCGGUGGUCCGUGUUUGGAUCUGAAUGGAGUCCACAUCAGAGAAAUGGAGUAUUGUAUGACGUUAGAUGGUUUCGCUGUUGUGCUCGAUGAUGGAAGGCUCGGCUUCAUCACGCCAACCGCUAACAGGUUCUCCACCGAGCAGUUGCAGGGCGUUUGGGCAGCGGAUGUGACAGACGGCACAUGUGUAGCAGUGAACAACAAAUACAGACUGAUGGCUUUCGGCUGUGCAAGUGGCUCUGUAUUGGUCUACAUGAUAGACAACACUACAGGAUCAAUGCAGCUGUCACACAAAUUGGAGUUAAGCCCCAAACACUACCCAGAUAUCCAUAAUAAAACAGGUCCAGUUAAGCUAAUCCGUUGGUCUCCGGACUGCAGCGUUGUCAUGGUGACCUGGGCAUGUGGAGGUCUCUCUAUGUGGAGUGUGUUUGGAGCUCAUCUCGUCUGCACACUCGGAGAGGACUUCACAUAUCGAUCAGAUGGCACUAAGAAGGAGCCACUCAAGAUCAGCUCUAUGAGCUGGGGGGCAGAGGGUUACCACCUGUGGGUGAUUGGCAGCACGGAGGCGGGCACAGAGCAGUCUCCACAGUUAAGCCAGGCCUCCAUCUUGCAGUUUCAGUUCAUUAAGAGCGCACUCACAGUCAAUCCCUGUACGAGUAAUCAGGAGCAGGUGCUUCUCCACGGUGAGGAUCGGCUGCUGAUGACGUGUGGAGAUGCUGCAGUUCAGAUGCACAACCAGGAGCAACACUCAGCACGGAGCACAACACACACACAGCUCAGCACUUUACUGGGACACAAACACUGGCACGUAGUGCAGAUUCACAGCACAUAUCUAGAAACUAACUGGCCAAUACGGUUUGCAGCCAUAGACUCAGCAGGUCAGUGUUUGGUGGUAGCGGGGAGACGCGGAUUUGCACAUUACUCAUUAUAUACCAGGAAAUGGAAACUGUUUGGAAAUAUUACACAGGAACAGAGUAUGACUGUGACCGGAGGUCUCACCUGGUGGAAUGACUUUGUCGUCGUUGCCUGUUACAACUUCAUCGACCAGCAGGAGGAGCUGAGAUUAUAUCUCCGCUCAUCGAACCUCGACAACGCCUUUGCAAGCGUUACAAAGCUGCAUGCUGAAACUUUGCUGCUCAACGUGUUCAGAAACACGAUCAUUUUGUUUCGCACCGACUGCUCCAUCUGCCUUUAUAGCAUCGAAAAGAAGCAAGACGGCUCUUCAGUGUCUGUAGAUCUACUACAGGAAGUGUCGAUGUCACGGUAUAUUCCUCAUCCUGCGCUGGUGGUUUCAGUCACACUCACUUCAGUCAGAACAGAGACGGGAAUGUCACUGAAAACCACACAGCAGGCAUGUAAUGCAGAAAGUAUUUUGUUGAAUUUGGCUGGUCAGCUCAUUAUGCUGCAGAGAGACCGGUCUUGCCCACAGGUACGAGACAAGGACACAUCAGCCAGUCAGAAAACGCUGCUGCCUUUCUCUCCGCCUGUGGUUUUGGCUCAGUGUGUGGAGAGUGUGUGGGCCUCGAGUCACUCUGGUUCUAAGAAGCGCCACCUGGUGGAGGCUCUGUGGCUGUCAUGCGGCGAGUCAGGGAUGAAGGUGUGGCUCCCUCUGUUCCCACGCCGCGAGAACCGCAAACCGCACUCAUUCCUCUCGCGCCGCAUCAUGCUCUCAUUCCUCCUUGACAUCUACCCGCUCGCCGUUCUGUCGGAGGACGCGCUCGUUUUGGGUGCUGCUAAUGACACUCUUCUUUAUGACUCCUCUUUUUCCUCCAAAGAUGGCCUCGGAGGAAACUCCUCCUCCUCUUUGGAGGGCAUUGGAGGAGAUUCUUCCACCAAAGAAAGCCUUUCUCGCAGGCCCUCCACGUUUUCUUUGUCCCGGGAGCCCCCGGAGUCGUUUUUUCCAUUCUGCUUGGUAGAAAGGACAUCUCAGAUCUACCUCCACCACCUCCUCCGUCAGCUGCUGGUGAGAAAUUUGGGCGAGCAGGCCUUGUUGUUGGCUCAGUCAUGCUCAUCUCUGCCUUAUUUCUCGCAUGUGCUGGAGCUGAUGGUGCACGUGGUGCUGGAGGAGGAGGCCACGUCUCGCGAGCCCAUCCCUGACCCGCUGCUGCCCACCGUGGCCAAGUUCCUGGCCGAGUUUCCUCUGUUCCUGCGCACCAUCGUCCACUGCGCCCGCAAGACUGAGUUCAACCUCUGGAACUACCUGUUUGCUGCUGUCGGGAACCCAAAAGAUCUCUUCGAGGAGUGCAUCAUGGCCCGGGAUCUGGACACGGCAGCUUCGUAUCUCAUCAUACUGCAGAACAUGGAGGCUCCAGCAGUGAGUCGUCAGCACGCUACUCUCCUCUUCAACACGGCACUUGAACAAGGAAAAUGGGAUCUCUGUCGUCACAUGAUCCGAUUCCUCAAGGCCAUUGGGUCGGGGGAGAGCGAGACUCCACCCACUACGCCAACCAGUCAGGAGCCGAGCUCUACUGGAGGAUUUGAGUUUUUUCGCCAUCGCAGUAUCAGUCUGUCUCAGUCAGCAGAAACAGCUUCUACAGGAAAAUUCAAUUUACAGAAAACCUUCAGCAUGCCUUCAGGACCCUCCACUAAAGGUAAGGAGAGCGACAGUGCUGAGAACAUGUACAUCGACAUGAUGUUAUGGCGUCACGCGCGGCGUUUGCUGGAGCAGAUCCGUCUGAAGGAUCUUGGCUGUUUCUCAGCGCAGCUGGGCUUCGAGCUGAUUGGCUGGCUGACCCGUGAGCGCACACGUGUUGCUCGUAUCGUUGAUUUUGUCUCUGCCCUUAAAUGCCUCCAUAAUGACUUCCUGUGGCCUUUUCCUGUUCUCCCCGCUGGCUCCCCGCUCAAAAACGGACGUUGUCGAGCAGUGCUGAGCACACGUCUGCUGAAGUCUCGGUCUAACGAUAGCUUACUGAACAGCGAUAUGGACACAGUACCACCUCAGAUCACAACCAAUCACAACUGGUUGGAUGGACUGGGGGCGGAGCCUAAAGAGAUUGACUCGGCCUCUUCACACGGCGCUCCACAAACACAAGAAGCCUUUCUGUCUCCUCUCAUCAAUAAAACGGAGGAGUGCAGUAUCGGCUCAGCCACAGAUCUAACAGAGACGAGCUCCAUGGUGGAUGGUGAUUGGACGAUGGUGGACGAGAACUUCUCCACCCUGAGCCUCAGCCAGUCAGAGCUGGAGCACAUCUCCAUGGAGCUGGCCAAUAAGGGUCCUCACAAGUCCCAGGUGCAGCUGAGGUACUUGCUGCAUGUGUUUUUAGAGGCAGGAUGUUUGGAAUGGAGCAUUGUGAUUGGUCUGAUUCUGCGUGAUGUCAGCGUUAUAAAGCAAGUUUUGGGCUUUUUGGAUUCUGCGGAUCCAGAAACGGUUCAGAGUGUACAAGCCGGACUCAUCGCUAUUGACCAGUGGGCUUCGUCUGAUUGUCUGGGUUACAAGCCCUUCCUGAACCUCAUUGCUCCUGAGCUGCAGAAGCUGUGUGACGUCUCCGUGGAUCAGGUUCAGCUCGACUCAUUUCAGCCGUCCAUCUCCAAGAUGGCCGACCCAGUUCUCCCCCGUGUGGAGGAACAUCGCGGGGUCUCAACCUUUACCCUCCCUAUGACUCUUGAGAUCCCUGCUGGCUCCGCCCCUCGUAUUAAGGAGGACAACCACAAGGAGGAAUCGGAGGACGAGGCAGCUGAUGAGGGCGCUUAUGACUGCACACUCUCAUGAUUUGAGAGAACAGAGAAUCAGCCGGAUCUGGAUUCCUCUACGUUGUGUCCUAAACCACCCUCUUAUUCACUAAGCCAUGCAGCAUCGUUAAAGGGGCACACAGUGCAUUAUGGGUCGUGGCAGGAAGCGCAGGCAGAAGGCAGGAACUUUGUCUGGGUUUCUGUUGCACAUCUUCAUGUGUCGGAGUGUAUUAAGGGGACUUGGGCACUACAGAGAGAACACAGGAUGGUUUUGUGAUCAGCAGGCUCGCUUUCUUAUUCACUGUGUAGGGCUCACAUCAUCUUCACAUGGCACAGUGCAGUAGAGGUGUCGACAGUGAUAACACAGUACAUGACAUUACAAUUAAUGUGGAAAAAAACGAUUGAUUAACCAGUACAGAUGAGGCGGUCAGUGUUAUAAAAAUACUUCCGCUCUCUCAGUUGUGUAUGGAAACAAGAAAGAGGCAUAAAGAUUGAAAUGGUAAAAGCCGUUGAAUUCUUAAUAAUGACAUUUUAACACCAUUGCACUGGAAUAUGUUGCUUCAGAAUCCACAUCUGUAUUUAUUUGCUUUGAAUUAACUUCCUUGAAAUUCAUAUGUAGUGUUCAUAGUUAUUCAUUUUAAAAGCCAGGAAAUCAACCAUCUAGUCAAAUAUUUUUUUCAGUGUUCACAAAUUCAGAUUCAAUAAUUAAAUUUUCAGAUUUUUCAAACAUCUAUUCAGGCUGCUCAUUACAGUGCUCAAAUACAAGCAGUCAAAUGGAGUUAGCAAAAUUCCCUAAAAAUCUUUAGUUAAAUAUCUGAAAAAACCUGAACUGUAGAUGUUUUUCCCCCUAAAACGUUACUUUUAAAAUUGUGAAUAUCUGACCUCAUAAAUAAAAAUACUUUGAAUUUCAAGAUGAUGAUUUCAAAACAAAUAAACACAGAUUUUUCAAGUAAUAUAUUUCAAUGCUAUGAAUUCAAUGGGUAUUUAAUUUUCAAAUCUUUUUUUUUUCUGUGUCCACAAUUCUGAUAUUAUUUAUUACUUUAUCGAUACUACAUGGUCGUAUCACCCAGCUCACAGAGACAAACAGAGCAGGGAGUCUUUUUGUCCUAAAUCGCACAUCCUCGCUUGUCACACUGUUAUCUCUUCCUGCUGGAGGACACAGUGUGAACACCACCUACUUCCCGACAACCUCAUCUCCUGAAGAGAAGGAGAAAACCUUCUGUGUGGGAUGAUGUGUGGCCUACGCAGUGAAUAAGGUGAAUAAGGGACAGUGUAGGACAGAAGAGACUUGACUGUGAUCAGUGUGUGAGUAUAAACCAUCUCUUAAGUGUGAUAUACGUAAUGUGCAGUUCUGUCUUUUGGUUGAAUUCACAUCCAUCCAGACUGCUGUGUGUGUGUGUACGCGUUUGUGUGUUUAUCCUGUGUUCUAACACCAGUAUUAUUGAUCUCUAUGAGAGAGGCUGUAUUUCCAAAAUUAAUUGUAAAUUUAGCUCUUAAGAGAACUUUCAAAGCUGGCAGAAAAGGGCUGUAUAAUACAGUAUAAGGAGAAUCAAAUUCACACAUCCGCAUUUGUUCAUCCAGAAUGCAAAUGUUGCUACUAGGGCUGGGUAAAUAUCAUAUUUUAACAAUUCACUAUAAACACAGAGGUCCCAAUAGCUAUGGUUUAGCCAUAGCGUUUAAGAAUUAUGACCCAUCACUAUGGCAAAAGCCUGAAAAGUACUUAGCGCAUUUCGGCUUUCUCAGAUGAAGACUAAGCGUAAAUGAAAUUCACCCACCAGAGAAUAUGACAUUAAGAUGUACGAUUGCUCAUGAGAAGUUACUUCUAUUUCACACAGACUUGUCACAGACUAGGCGAACUUUGAAUUGUGAAUUUGCAAAUCUCGGGUUUGGGAACCAAUAGAGAAAAAGAGGGCGGGGUUUGUGGUGUCCGGUCGCUAAAAGCACAGGUUAGAAUGUGUUCGUCAUUUAUGCUGAUUUUAUAAUUGUCAAAAUUGAAUUUUUUUUUUUUUUUUUUUUUAAUUGAGUUCUUCAGAUGUGCUCAGGAGAUUGUUUCAUAAUGACUGAUGCACCAAUGGGGUUUUGUGUUCACUCACUAUUAUUUACAUAUUAAUGAUAAUAUUAUUAUUGUUAUUAUUAUUACUAUUAUUAGUUAUCAUGGAGCCGUCUCAUCUCAUGACAAGGAUUUUGUAGUGAAAUUCUGUUAUUUCUCUGUUCUUGAAACCUCUGUACACAAUACUUAUCACAAUAUUUUAGCCAUAAUAUGACAAACUAGACAUCCAGAGAUUAUUUUUUUAAAUUCCACGUUUCUAAAAGAUUACGUAAUGAGGAAAAGGAGGGAAAAGAAACAGUUGGUACAUUAGUGUCCAGCUGCAGGGUUGUAAAAGCACUGAUAUCUGAUGAUGAUAAGAUAAAUGAGUAUAUUCCGAUAUGUAUCAAAAUCAUAUGGUCAGAUUACCCAGCCCUAUCGCAAGCACAGGUAAGAGCCUGCAGUGUUUCAACAGCGAGCUGCUAGCAAUGAAAGAGUGCAGAUUACAGGAUCUUCAUCUCAUCUGCAGGUUCCUUUCUUCCUAGCAGCAGUCGUGACUCAGCUCUUACAAAGCGUGCACCCUUAUUUCCAUGUUGUACUGAUUUAUUUUUGUCCUUCUCUCUUUAUAAGUAGGAAGAGCAUUCGGAUGAAUUUGGAUGUUUUGAGUAUGAAUAGUUGUUUUUUUUUAAUUCAACUGUGAGAAUUUCUAAUACCUCAUUUAUUGUAGUUGUCUGCAUUCAAAACUUUUUUUUUUUUUUUUUUUUUCCCUCCCGUCUCCAGUCAUCUCUCUUCUGCUUCUUGUUGUGCUUUGAAAGCACUGAUAUGCAAGUUACAAUGCUGUGUGUUUGUGGUUUUAAAGAAUUUACAGCUUCACUUUUUUAUUAUUAUUAUUAUUAUUAUUAUUAUUAUUAUUAUUAUAUAUUCAGUAAUGUUAUCAGAAACAGCACUCCAUCGCUGAAUGGAUGUGUGUACACUUCAGUAUAUUUAGCUCUGUAGUUCUUAAUUUACUUUUUUACUUUUAAAAUGCAUUUUUAUUUAGCUGUGCUCAGGAGUUCACUGUUUUCAUCAUGACUGAUGCACCAUUGGUACUUUGUAAGACGCUUUUAAUAUUCGCACCCCAUUCAUUUACAAAUUUAAUCCGAUUUUUUUUUUUUUUCAUGUAAUAAUAGCAACAAAGCCACAAGGUACAUAAACAUGAGUAACCUGAAGAAUACACAAUGCAAUUAUAUGGCCGACGUGCUGUUAAGCACAACUGAAAUGCUCAUCCUUUGGCUGAUGAUGAGGUAAUAGUGUUAUGUAAAUCUUAAAUAUAUUACGGAUUCUAACCCGAGAUAGAAAAUAAUUAUAGUUGCUGUUAGUCAGAUUUAAAUCCCUGUCCUUGACUGAGAGACGAGUUCACAGCUCUUUAAGUGUAUAAAACAAACACGAAACUGCUUGCUUACUACAUUUCGUGUCACUUCAGUAUUAUUAUGGGGUUGUGUAUCCGUGUGCAAUGAUAAAGCAGCAGCUCGGUUUGUCUUUGCAGCUCUUUUUGACCCACAGUCUCGUCAUGUUUUCCAUGUGGACCAAACUGUUCAGUUCUCGCUGCUCCUCAGGUCAAACGUUAGCUUCUUUCUGUAACUGUAAAGAAGCUCAUUAGCCGAGUUCGCUGUGCUGUUGCAUCUCACCUAAUUUUAUGUUUUUUCCCCUCAGUGUGUUAAACAUUUCCAGCAUGUGUAUUUAGCGUAUAUAUCUAUAUCCACUACUCUGCUUUAUUGCUUCAUUUAGUCUGUUUACCAAAGAAGUGAUUUAGGCCCACAUGCAGCUUUGAGCUGAUAUGAAUAUGCAAAUUGAAUUUGGGAUUUAUUCUCCCUCUCUCUCCUUUCUUUACUUCUUUUUUUUUUAAAAAAAGAAAAACACUCAUGAUUCCAUCUCUCUGUUUUCUUCUGCGUCUGUGGAUUAUGUUAUAGCUAAAGUGAUACAAUAGGUGCAAUGGCGGAAUGAGCAUACAGCAUAGUGAUGUGUAUGUGUGUGUAUAGAAUUUUAUAAUGGUCAUUUCAUUUGUUCUUAAUGAACGGGCGCGGUACUUAUUUCACUCAAGACUUUUCUGAACAAGAAUGGAAAACGGACUUUCUUUCUGUGUGUACGGCUGACAUGUAAUGGAGGAAUCUGCAGUGGUGCAAGACGCAGCUCUGCAUCAGGAACGUGUGUAUGUGUCUGUGUGUGUGUGAGGGAGAGAGCGUGUGUAUAUUAUAAUGACAGAUUCUUGUACAAUUCACUUUUUCUACCAAGUUUCUAGAGCUUUUUCCUGUACAUAAAGAACAAUAAAUUAUUUUUAAAAGCA